AUGGCUUGGGCUUGCAUUAUGCCUGAGGAACUCAAAGUGGUUCCACGAGGUCUUGUUUGUUUAGCAAAUCUUGAUACACGUCAUCAAUCUGUACAUCGUUCGAUCUGGGAACUGCUGGAAAAAGAACGUUCGAAUGCUCCUCUAUGCUAUCGACUUGUCGACAUCGAUGAACAAUAUCCACAUAGCAAAGCUAAACGUGCAACAUAUGAAUGGUAUGUUCCAAAAGGAAUACUAAAAACCAACUGGAUGCACAAACACCUGCAUCUGAUACCAAGCUUAGUUGUCAUAUUCUUCGAAUUGGAUUGGAACGAUCCGUUAUUCAAAGAAAAACAGAAUGAAUUAAAGGACAAAAUUGACAUGGUUAGAACGAAUCUUGAUGGACGUGGAGCAACAAUAUCAGUCGUAUUACUUCAAAAUAAAAACAGUUUUCCAACUGUUGAUGAUGUCUACAGUUCUGAACGUGACCAAAUGGCUAAUACACUUUGUACUUAUUUCGAUAUACCCAAACGUUCACUCUGUGUUUUACCCGUUCUUCCACAACCGGAUAAUCUCUCCGCAUGGAUAGACAGAUUAGAACAAACAUUCAUUGAAAGUAGUCAAAACUAUUAUAUGAACGAGAUUCGUCGUGUGAAAAAACAUAAAGAAACAUUGAAUAACAUUACACACCAAUUAUUACACAUUCGUCACCAAUUCAAAGUUGGUUUCUUCUCCGAAUUGAAACAAGACAUUCCAAGUGCGUUGAAAGCGUAUAAAAAUGCAUAUAGUUAUUUAACGGAAAAUGCACGAAUUCAUGAUACGAACAUAUUAGAAAUGAAGAUGGUCGCCGGAUUUUUAACCUAUAAAAUUUGUCGAAUUUCAUUUGAACUGUCCCAGCCAGUUGAAGCGAUCAAUCACUUUCGUCGUCAUGCCGAUAUAUUCAAAAGUAAAGUCGGACCAGUUGAUCUAGCAUUUGAACAUAAAGCAUGGCUCUCAAAACAAUUUCAAAUAUUUGGUGAUUUGUUUGCGCUUUGUCCACAAGCAAUUCAAACGCAACACCCAGGAUUUUAUUAUCAAGAAUCGGCAUAUCAAUCGAUGGCACGAAAACAAAUUGCGCAGACCACAUGUCGCCGAGUUGAACAAACUGAUUUCGAUCCCAGUGAAUUCCUGAAACCAACUGAAUUCUACGGACAACGACCAUGGAGACAACACCAUCAAAGUAUGGAAAUUAGUGAUGCACAAAAAGAACGUGAAGCAGUGGCUGCAUUACGAGAUGCAGAGUCUCGUGUUAAUCAUUCCGAAUUGAUCAUUUCUCUACUCGUUCUGGCAAUUAAUGAUUUUAAAAAGCAUUCAUCAAAUCGAAUGAAACUCUAUUUGAUGUAUGACUUAGCUGAAGAAUAUGCUUCAAGCAAAGACUAUGACAAAGCUUUAAAUUAUUACAACCAUAUUGUUCAAGCUUAUCGUGCAGAACAAUGGUGGCCGAUUCUAAAAUCGAUCUUACCAUCUGCAUUGAAAUGUGCAUAUUUAAGUGCCAAUCUAGAGAAUUGGAUACGGUUUAGUUUGGAGAUACUGAAUCCAAAUAUCAAUUUACCCGUUCAAGUCAAGACACAAACUCAAACUAAUUUAGAAAAUUUGCUUCGGAAGAGUCUUCCACCGCAAGUUGAAUCUACUAUACCAUCGAACGAUGACAAAUGGAAAGUACAAUUAGUCAAACAAACGAUCAAUAUUGACGCUGACACACUCAAAGGACUAUUCGAAUGUAAAGUCUACUUCACUCAUGAAGCUGUAUCAGUUGAUUGUGAAAUAACAUUACAAGUUGCACUUAAAAAUGGCUUCCCGUUACCGAUCGAAUUCAAUCAGUUGUCAGUCUCAUUCAGUCUAAAAGAAUAUGAUGGACUCGUCUGUGUGACAGAUCCUAAGCAAUUAACAUUCGCUCCAAAUGAACAACGAAUUCUAUCGUUUAAUUUCAACCCGAAGAAUGAUCAUAUUCAGCGAUCACUCGAAGUUGCAUAUGUUUCAUUGAUUUAUGGAAAUGCGAAUCAAACAUGUAUUGAUCUACAAUGGCGAAAUAGUUUACACGCAAUUCCAACUUUCCAACCAACAACAUUGACUCCGAAAUGGCGAACGAAGGCGGGACAUGUCUUAUGGGAAAAUUUACCAAUGCGACGAAAAACAAAUAUACUCAUGAGAGCCGCAGAAGUACAGCUGAGUAUUGAACAUCAACUGCCAGUUCUACUCUACGAAUCAUAUCCAAUCAAAAUUCGUAUAAAGAAUCAUGAAAAUGUGGACAUACACAAUGCAACCUUGACGUGUACUUGUUCCAAUACAGAUGAUACUUCUCAAACAUUGGAUGACACUUUUCUUUUUUAUUCAACGGCAGACAGUAACAAUGAGACCACAACAAGCAUUUGUUCAAUGACAUUGGAGACAAUCAAUAAAGAUACUGAAAUCGAACAAGAUUUGUACGUUCGAUGUAACAGCAAUCGUUCUCGAGAGAUUAUUAUUCGGCUCUCCUAUGAACGAUUAAAUUUGCAUUGUAUGAAAGAAAUAACUGUUCCUCUUAGCGUGGUUAAUCCAUUUUCAAUACAAUUUCAGACGAUGGGAAUGAUGAUGGAACCUUUAGCGUCCUUACAUGCUCAAGAGCCAUUUAUUUUAAUGAUUGAUACAAAAUGUACAUCAGCAAUUCCAAUUACGAUUGUUAGUAGUAAUUUGAAACCUAGUCAAUUCAUCGUUAACGAAUGCGCCAUUGAAUCACAGAUCAACAAUACUCAAUUAAAACUAGAUGAAGUAGUAACUGAAGGCUUUUGUCUUCGUACUCAACCAAUCGCUACACCUGUGGUACAAAAUCUUCUGGUUGGUGAAUAUAGUUUAUACUGGAAACGAUCUAGUCAUCCGCAAAUUCCCGAACUAUGCACGACAUUUUCUCUAUCCGACUUUAAUGUUGAACAGCAACAAAUUUUCAUUGAGGUAGCAAUUCCAAAUCAUGUUCCAUUACAAGAACCAUUUCAAGUCAAUUACCGUAUCCAUAAUCGUUCGAAUAUUGUCCACGAAUACAAAGUCAACCUCGAGCAAAUCAAUCUAGUUGUAGCUGUUUCCGGUAGUACACUAACAUCAUUACUUGUUCCGCCGCAUAGUUCAUCCGAUGUUAAUUAUACAUUAGUUGCCACGCUAUGCGGCUUUGUGCAACUACCGAAAUUUAAAAUAUCAAUGAUUCGACCGCAAACACAAGAAAUUGAUGAAUCAAUUGAGAGAACCUUGCCUACUCACAUCUUUGUUGUUCCAUCAUUGAAAACUGACCAAUAG